UUCAUCGGUCUACCUAGCUUUCUCUCCUCCCUUUUCCUUCUCUCUUCGUUCUCUCUCUCGAUACGAAUGCCCUAGUGCCAUCGAUCCGCGAUGGAGCGCUGGCGCUCGGCGGCGCUAGGUCAUGGACUGUAGAUCGGCAUAGCUAGAGCGCGCAUUGUAGUUUGGGAUGGAGAAUAUCUAGAUUUCCAGAAGCCAAGGCCCGGCGGCAAGGUUUUCCAGAAGAACGAGUGGUGAUUUCUUCGGCAGGGCCGUCUCCAUUCUCUGCAGUGGCCGAUAUUUCGUCGUGUUCUUGACCCUGGCGACCGAUCGAAUGGCGCAGCAGCGGGAUUAAGGUGCGGGAACGAGUAUGGAGGUGGCACCGCCGAUAUGCCAGCAGCACCAGCAGCGCCAUUCGUGUGGAGACGAAAUCUUUGCGUUUCGAGCUGGAGAGGCUGCAGGAGGAACGGCAGUGGCGCCGAGCGCCGCCACCGCCACCGAUAGCAGCAACAAAUUCGAUCUAGCUCUUCCCGAGAAGAAUUGCUUGACGUCAAAUUUCACCAUACGAGGUUUCGUCUCGUUAGUUCGCAAGCAGGACAUCAGGCAGACCUGGCCGUUUUCCGAGGAGCUCUUGCAGAGAUACCUGAGUGAGGGGAAGUCACUGCCACAUCUAGAUGCCACCCCGCCGACGAGUGUGGCAACCGUAAGAGCUUCUUCUGGGGAGGACGAAGUCGACGCUAGAGCCGUGGUGACGGAAGUGGUCCAUCCCGGCGAGCAAGAGCUCGAGGUGCAAUUCCACUUUGAGAAUCAGGCCCGUGAUGGGUCCAAGGGGUUGGACGGCCCAGGGGAGGAAUCGAAGAGGAUGGAAGCCGGUGUCUCGCUUGUGGCGUCAGAGACUUUAGCAGCAGGCAAAACGGGGGGAGAGGAAGGGGAAGCGAAAGACAAGGGCCUCGACUGCAUAGAAGACAAGGCCUCCGACACGGGAGCAGAAGAGGUGGAAGCAAUUCAAGGGUCGGCCAGGGAAGAUGACGCUGGUGCUUCCAAGCCAGCCACAGGUGACGACGGCGUGGGAGAGGAUGGGCAGCAGCAGAAUGUAUGCCCGGUUUGCGCCUCGUUUUCGUGUCACUCCGUAACAGCUCUCAACGCUCACAUCGAUGGGUGCCUCUCGGCGGCGCCGGGAACUGACAAGUGCCAGAGAGUCGUAGCGCUGCGCAGCACCAACACCACCGCCAACAACAAGGGCUCCUGCGCAAAGGUGCAAAAAAUGCGGUCCAUAACAGAUAUAAUUGCUGCCGAUCCGGCUCCAUCUCCCAAGUCCGAUUCGACUGCCAAGCACGCCGAGCCAGUGGUACGUGAGCGACGUGCGCCCAACCAUGUCGUCGUCCUGGCUGACAAGGAGGCGGCCGUGAGCAAGAGCUCGUCGGGGCAAGCGCAGCGCAACUUGAGAUCAAGGUCCCGCGGCUCCCGGUCGAUGAUCCUGGUGAGCCCGAUCAAGCCGGACGCCGGGGAGCGGGCGGCUCGCAGGCGGCGGCGGGAGUGCACAGGGAACUGCGUCCAGAAGUCGGGCGAGUGGUCGGAGCCGCACAAGAAGAUGCGUCAUUGCUCCGGCAACUCCGUGGAGGUGACAAGCUCAUGGACUCCGUCCAUCAGCUCGGGAACUUACUGCCAUUCCAAGGCCCAAGACAACUUGGAGAAGUCUUGCGAGCUUUCGGAGAGCCACGGCUCUGCGAACUGCUUGGAUCCGUCGAGUUUGCAGCCUGCUGGUGUGGAGCAGGAGAAGACGCCAGAAAAAGCGAAAAGAUCAGCGUGUACGGGGCCAGUCAAUGUCACUGACGAUUCCUCCUCCAACAAAGCAGAUUGCGAAAAGCCUCAAGGAGUCGAGGCACCUACCCGGACUGAUACGUCCAUCGAUGCUCCGGACGCUUUGCCACCCCCGGAUACGCAGAUUCCUGAAGGUCCUCCUGUACCUGCGGUGGUGGAAAGUAAAGCGGAUGCUGAUAGAUCAGCGGAGGGAGCCAAGGCGUGUAUGGAAGCUGCAAACCCUGAUCCUCCACCUGCUGAUCCGGCAGUAGUCGCAACAAGUGCCCCUCCGGCUGUGUCAACAGCCGCGCAAUCUGAGGUAUGCAUGCAGAACAAGAUCGUAGCGGAGGUCAUGACGCUGUCGCCUUGUAAGCAGAAUGCUGUGCAGCGUCCCAGGUCUAUUCCGCUCUACGACUCUAUGAUAUCCAGCCUGAGAUCAACCUCAGUCGACUCGGUAACUGGCUACAGCCACUUCAACAAUCCAACAUGGAAGGCAGCGGUUGUGAUGGCUACGUUAGGAGCCUCCUUGGCGAAGACUAACAGCACUCCCUCGACGCCCGCUUCUGUUGUUACCAGUAUCGGAAACAGCGAGGCUUCAGCACCAAGGGUCGACUUGUGCAGCCAGGCUUCUGACAGCAUCUGCGUCUCGGUGGUACCUGUUGUCGAAGCAAGUUCAAAGGCGGGUCCUUACAACAGAGACAAUCCGGUUAGCGAAGCCAAGGCAACAGCUACCGAUCGAGUCGCCUUCAAAGAAACAGGCGUGCAUGGAUACUAUCAGGCGUUACCCGGACGAGUAUCGGCUCUGGACAAGUCAAAGUUUCCGUUCCAGAAUGUUGGCCAUCCAACAGAAGCAGUGCAGUGUUUUCCAAGCUCCUCCACCAAAAUUCCGAAAGUGCCCGGGUGGAUGCAAGGCGGCGAUCGUGCAGCGGUGAUCGACGUCGACCAGGUUUCUUUUAAGGCUCAGGCUUCGUCCAGCGAUGCCAAAGCGGAGAAACCCGUCCUGCGGCUCCUCGGUCAGAACGUGAUGGUGGAGUCGGGUCACAAAGAUGUGCAAGGAGCUAAAAGCCCCUACAGCUUCUCGGUUCCUGGCGUACACGCUGCUGCCACCGGAUAUCAUACUCCUUGCUGCUGCUCGUCGAGGUCGGCCGCACCAGCCGAGCAUAUAGCUUUUGCUCUGGGGAAAGAGAUGCCAGUUCCUUACACCAGCAACAGUGCAAUCUCCCAGAUCCCGCUCCCAGGUACAUGGAGGCUUCUGCCGAAUGGGAUAUUGAGUCAGGUCAAUGGACACCAGAUAAAUCUUGGUUCCGCCAAGCUGGGAGGUGCACCACUGAACUGCUGCCUUCAUAAAAGCUGCAGCCAACAACAUCAGCCACAACAGCAGCAGCAACCGCAGAAAGUUCGGCCGGGUGGCGAUCAGAAAAACGCUGGCGAUCUUCCGCCUUGGCUUCUAGCUGCGAAGAAACAAAAGGAGGCAGAGGCAAACGUCAUUGUCAUUGAUGACGACGACGCGGACGAAGAGAAGGCCAGUCCAACGUCGGUUUCAAAGGCGGCUGUCAUUGCCAAGGGAGGAGCUUCGCCGUCAGAGGUCGAAUUCACUGGGGAACGGUCUGUGCGCCCGAGCGACAAAUCGACGUCAGCUCGACUCACUUAUGCUCCGGGAACAGCUUCGCCACACAAGAGAGAGGCUGGCGGCGACUGGACCCAGCAGCCGCACGAGAAAGCGGCCAAGAUCACCACCAGCGACUCCCCGCAAGUGGCGAACAGGAUGGGAAUUCCGGUGCUGGUCCCGACCUGGAUGAUUUCCAGCAGCGACAGCAGCGGCAGUGUCAACCAGUCCAAGCGCGGAGCCACCGCGCAAGCGUACAAGGCACGAAUCGCGAUGAUGAAGGCGUAUAUGCACAGCUCCGGUGACGCCAAUCCAGCACAGAUCCACCAGCAGCAGCAGAGAAGCUUGCCACCCGGGUCUUGUGUAUAUCAGCUCUCGCAGCAGCAAGGAGCUCCCAGGUUGAUCCCGGUCCAAGCUCCUCUUGGCAGUGGUAAUGGUGGUGGUGGUGGUAGUGAUUUACUACCCGGAUAUAUAACGCAUGGAGGAGGAGGAGGACUGGGACAGCAUCACCAUCAGCUUUACCAGCAGCAGCAGCAGCUAAGUUUAUUGGUGGGGAAGGACUGUCACAUCAUCGAGCUCGAAGACGGGCAGCAGUGCCUGCUUGUCAAUGGCCACAUGAUGGAGGCGGCGGAGCAGCAGCAGCAGAUGAUCACGGUGGCGGCGGCGGCGGAGAGCGCCGCUGCUGUGGCGGCCGCGGCGGCGGCGGCGGAGAGCAUGGCUCUCGGCAAGAGGCUCGUCCGGGACGCGUCCGGGAGGAGCUUUGUUCUUUGCAACGAUGGCGAGGGUGGCGGCGGUGGUAGCAGCGGCAGCGGCAGUGCUGGGCGUGGUGGCGAGAGUGGAGCGAAGAUCUUGGUCACUCCGGUUCUCCCGGGCGAUGGUUCCGGCUAUCACGGUAUCGUCCUCGCCGGUCCAGGUACUUCUUCCACUUCCAGCGAUCACCACCACCACCACCACGGCCACCACCACCACCACCACCACCAGAUCGCCACCGCCGCUACUCCAUCUCACGCUGUUCUUCCACUCUCGAUCGUCCAGCAGCAGCAGCAGCAGCAGCAGCAGAUCAAAAUCCUCCAGAGCCAAAUGCGAGCAGCGGACAAGGGGGUCAUGUGUUCUUGGAGCUACGGACAAAAGAGUUAGCGAAUUUAUUUAUUCAAACGAUUGGAUUGAUCGGCCGACCGGCGAUCAAUCGAUCAAAAUGCUUAGUAUAUAUAUACCGUACAGAUUAAUGUAUUGGAUAAUUCGUCCCAA